AUGAUCUCCCUCAACUUUACGCUCUAUCGCUUUGUCUCUGACCCUGCGGGGUUCCACAACCUCCCUAAUCUUGACAGCUUGCCAUUCCUCUGCGAAUGGGCCCCUCUUCCCCGCAAUGCUCAUUCCCACUCGCAUUCGCAAUUCUACUCCCGUGGGCGGAGCGGAAGUACGGCGCCGGCGGUGUUCGCCCCAGCAGGGGACUCCAUGGCGCUUGGACUCAGCGGCCACAACGCCUCCCUGGAGCUCGAUCCUGACACGGAUGUUAUCGCCUUUGUAGUGCGGGCCGUUCAUCAGCAUAAACCGGAAUCUGUUCUCGCGCGUGGUACACUCGAUCCAGUUCCAUUUAUUGGGCGUCCAUUAAAGAGUUACGCAAUUAAACUACGUGAUGCUGCAGGAGAUGUGGUAGGACGUUUGCUCUUCUCCAUGGAGGUACGCGAAGCAUACCAAUUUGAGAGACCAGUAGAAGUUACUGCUGUUUCUGGAACUUCAGUGGAAGCAAAUAGACUCCGGAAGGAUAGAAAGACCAUUGAGGAUAUUGUCAAGAACGAAAACAAGGAAAAGAAGAGUGGUGGAAUUAAUGGUAAUAGUAAUGGUAUUGGUGAUAAUAAUACUAAUAGUAAAGAAAAUAAUGAUAAAGAUAGAAUUAACACCAACCUUGAUCAUAUUACUGGGUCAAUGCCUUACAAAACGAAGGAUAUAUCAUCAAAAUCACCACCAUACUCUGCAACGACACAGUGUAAUUCUUUGGAAACAUCACCAUCCCGUGAUAAUAGUCAAAAUCGUGGGUCUACAAAUAUACCUGGUAAUAUCUCUGUUAAUGGUGUAAAAAAAAAGGAUGAAAAGAAAUCCGAUCGUUUGCUUAUUGAUAUAGAAAGAGUUAUUAUAAAAAAAGAAGCAAUAAACUUGGAUAACCCUGCUCCUUUGCUUCUGGGUGGAAUGUAUUACGCAAAGGUACGUUAUGGUGAAAAUACUUUGUGUACACCUGCUGUAGAGUGUCGGAGCCCAAAGGAGAUUGUAUACAGUUCUCGUGUCUCAUUUGAAGAAAUACCUGAUAGCGGCGAUAAAAUUCGUUUUUCUAUUUGGGAAGAUGAACGUCAAGUGGCUGGCUUUUCGUUAGAUCCCAGUAAAUUUCGUGUUACACUUGGUGGACAUAAGGAGUAUUCUAUUCCGUUUCGUUAUUACCCAACACGGCAGGCAGCUUCAUUAGAGGUGACAGUGCAUCGUGUAAACUCUGAAUUGAAAAAUGAUAAUGAUAAUGAUGUAGGAUUAGUUGCGAAGAGGGAUGCGUCGACAAGGCAACCAAGUCCAGAACAACAAGAAGAAGAAGAAGCUCUAGAACCACCACCAUCGCUACCUACACCUGGAACUGUAAAAUAUGAGGAUAAAAGAGAAACACCUUUGCAGACUAAUACUCCUUCUUUAGCAUCACGUGUCGAAGAUAAAAUUUCUUCAGCACCUCAUAGUUUAUCUUCCAGGGAAACAUCUAAUAUUGGACAUGUUCUUUCGGCAAAAGAUUACGUUAGAAAGAGAUAUUCUAGUCCUACUGUGAGGCAGAGUCAUUGGGAUAAUGGUGUACAAAAAAGCAGCGACUCCAAUAUUCGGAACCAAGAAAAAGAAAAACCGAUACAGGAUUAUAAAGAGGAACAACAACAACAAUCACAGCAACACAAUGAAGAUAGAAAUCAGUCUAAUAUGACUGUUCCACCUUCACCGAAGGUAAUGUUAGAUGCUCGACAGCAGCAAGAAGAAGAAGAAGAACAACAACAAAAACAACAUGAACGCUAUAAUCACAGCAUUCAACAAAAACAAAAAGAACAAGAACUAUUAAAAAAAGAAGAAGCGGAACAACAACAACAACAACAACAGCAACGACGAAGACCACAACCACAAUCACAAUCACAAUCACAACGACGCACUGGUGAUGCACUACUCUCACGUAUAAGACAGAGUGAAAGACGCAACGAUUCUGAGAAUGUGAAUCGGGUACAAGCCUUCUUAAAUCAAAUUUCCCAAAGCGGUAACCGUUCUUCAUCCGCUACACGACAACCCACAGAAGGAUUGGAAGUUCCUCAACUCACUCCAGGUCGACGGGAGCCCAGUUCAAAGCUUUACCGCACCGCUGAUGAAAUGCGCUGGAGUGAGCGUAACCACACCCCACUGCGCAGCCACCACAGUGGACCGGGCGGCGCUGGCCCCAACCCCAACCGCCCCAACAGCGGCCGGCAACCGUCGGAGUGGAACACCAGCGACAUCGACGGACGGAGCCGCAGUCGGAUGGCGUGGCAGCAGCGAAUCGCAAGUGUCAGCGAGACGCCGAGCGAUCGGGCCUCCGCCAGCGGCAUCGCCGAUAGUCGUGAGCGUCUCGCAGACUCGCUGCUCUCGCGUCUGGAGCGACCGCCGGGGUUCCGUACUUCACUCAUGGAGGAGUGGCUCGAGUGGCGUGAGGCGCGGGGAUCGGCACGAGUUUCACGUGCAAGUUCUACGCACAGCACCUUUAGCCGAGAUGAUUCUAUCGCUUCCAUCGCAUCACGCAAUCGCGCGACGAGUCCGCUUCCCACAAAGACAGUGGCGGAUGCGGCGGAGCAACGGCCGUACCAACCGGUGUACACCUACCGCUCUCCAAGUACAAGGUCGUCUCUGUCAGGGAGGCCACCCAUGCCUAUGCGGUGA